GAGGCGGAAGCGGCGGCGGGCGAUGGCCGGGGCGCUGCUGCGCGGAGYGCGGCGCUUCCCCUGGCUGUGCAACGUGCUGCUCUACGGGGGUUUGUUCGCGGCGGGGGACGCGGCGCAGCAGCUGCUGCGGGGACAGCCGCCCGACUGGGCGCAGACGCGGCGAGUGGCGCUGGUGGCGCUGGCCUUCCACGGCAACUUCAGCUACGUGUGGCUGCGGGCGCUGGAGCGGGCGCUGCCCGGCCGCCGCCCGCCCGCCGUGCUGGGCAAGGUGCUCUGCGAUCAGCUCCUGGGCGCGCCCGUCGCCGUCCUGGCCUUCUACACGGAUCAGCUUGACAUCAUUUCGAUGGCUGAAACAACAAUGAUGCCUGAGGAAAUCGAGCUGGAGAUGGCAAAGAUCCAGAGACUUCGGGAAGUCUUAGUCAGAAGAGAAUCAGAACUCAGGUUUAUGAUGGAUGACAUCCAGCUGUGCAAAGACAUUAUGAACCUUAAGCAGGAGCUGCAGAGUUUGGUAGCAAUCCCAGAAAAAGAAAAAACAAAGAUGGAGAAACAAAGAGAGGAUGAACUGAUUCAGAAGAUUCAUCGGCUGGUACAAAAAAGAGAUUUUCUUGUAGAUGAUGCAGAGGUGGAGAGAUUACGGGAAAAAGAAGAAGACAGAGAGAUGGCCGAGUUCCUUCGCACCAAGUUAAAACCCAUAGACAAAUCAACACAGUCUCCUACCAGCAGCCCAGCAGAAAAGAAGGCAGAACCUCCUCCAAGCAAGCCCACCAUCGCCAAGGCAGGGCUGGCAAUUAUUAAAGAUUGUUGUGGGGCCACGCAGUGCAGCAUCAUGUAGAGCUCUGGGCUUUCCACCCUGCUUGUGUUCUCAGUGUUUUCAUGGAGGGGGACUGGAUGGUGAGGGGAACCAACAGCAUCCUGCUGAGGGAGUGGAGAGCACCUGGCACGAGUGUAAUCUACAGACUGGACAAGGGCAGGGUCUUCACUGUUGCAUGGAUCACUCUACACGCAUGCCUAAAAACAAAAGAAAUCUAUAUAGUGGCUGUCCAGGGACCAGAAGAGAUGGCAGCAGARUCAACAAAAAACACCCCGUGAUACAGGUGAAUCCAAAGGGGCUACAUUUUAUCCAGUGUGGUGUAAAACAGUAAUUUUAAUAGGCUAUCACUAUAUCAUGUUGUAUACCUUUCCCCCCAAGACAAAUUGCACUCAAAAAUUGCCAAACUAUCCUAUUUUGGCUACUUUUCAUACCAAAAGCCACAAGUAGCAAUGCUGUAYAUAGCACAACUGAUAGAGGAAGCAACUGCAGGAUAACUGAUGUUGCGUAUAAAAUACCAAACUUGUGUGAUGUUCAACUACUUUGCUGUGGAGUUUCAGUUCWAAUUCUUCCUAAAGAAUGAGAUCAGCGACAGGGAUGCUGCAAGUAGCUACAGAUUUUUAUAUCCCAUGUGAUUUCCAAAUUACUCAAGGCAAAUUAAUAUUGCUUGCACCAGGGGAAAUAAAUCUCUGGCAGAGUUUUAGCAAAGCACAGCUACAGUAAUGUGCAAAUAGAUGAUGCAGUCCAAGGUUGUGUCACUUCUGUUUUAGAUCUCCACCUCCUAUGAAGUCAGAGAAAUAUUCACCCAGGGUUUUGCCCAUUUUUACAAGCUACAUGCAGUAGAUUACACAUCACUGGGAGAUUGCUGGGAAAAGAAUAGAAGACAAACAARAUGUAAUUAAUAUUUAAACAAUGCUUAAAAGAAGUAUUAAUUGUAUAUUUUGUGACCAUAAGAAAUACAAACUAUCAUGCAUAGGAAGACACWAGUCACCCAAGACAAACUGGCCACAAGACAAAUACACAAAUACACAAGUAGAUAUUUGUGGCUGGAAGAUCAAAUUUGAUACAAAAUGGGUUUUAAAUUAAGGGAAAUACAGAAAUACUUGUCUGUGUUUCACCAUUAAGUGUGUUUCUGGUCUCUAUGCAGAUUAAGCGUUGUGGAAUCGAAUAUCUUUAUAUUAGCUGUCAGUAGCUGGUUUGUCUGUGUGAUGGUAUUCCAUAUAAAUGUACUGUGAUAGGUGUAAAUAGUAAAAUAAACRUACAUGGAUCUAGUGUGACAAUCUCAGGCUUAGAAAUAACAAAAGAUAGCAAAAAGUUCCUAAAGUAAAGAGGAACUUCAAUUUUGUGAAGCCAGCUAAGUGAAGUGUGUGCUUAUAUACYAAGGAACCACAGGAUAGGAAAGGAGAAAAAAUGAACAGCAGUUACCCCCAAAAGAUAAACAGUUAUUUUUUUAGAGAGAAAAAUUAUCUUACUGAGGUUGAAGGCAAUAGAUACCAUCUAAAGUAACUCAGACUAUUCUUACACAAAUAAAACCCAAUCCCUAACACAGACUGAUUUGAUGAAAAACACUUGCAUUUCCAGAGUAAUUUCAGUAYUGCCGACUCACUUGAGACAAAGAACCAACAUCACUAAGAACCUUCCUUUUUAAGGAUCAAAGAGUAAAAACCACAAAAGGUUUCCACUAAGACAUGAAGCACUUUAAUUACUUUGACCAAAGAUGCAGGAAAGAGAACAAAGGGUGACUGUCAUAUGCAGUUUUUGCAUCCUUGUUGAGACCUACAACAUUUUAAGCUCUGUAGCUGUGACACUCUACUGUGYCUGGUGUGGGCUGGACUCUGCCUGGCACCAGUGCACAUUAAGAGUUUUGGGGAAAACUGCUUUUAGGGGAAAGAACACGCACUGGAGGGAAAGAAACAACCCUUGGCUUCUGUGAAAUUCCACAGCCUUUUGCUGGUUCCCAGUGAAGGCAUCAGGACUUGUCAGUAACUUAAAAGGCAGAUGUUCAGUGUCACUAAUAAAGGCAGAUGGAAGGCAGGGAAAAAGCUGUAGUGAARCACCAAACUUCAAGCUUAGCAGGACCACAGCCAAGUGCUGUGAAUGCCUCUAAGAGUCCACCUGGUUUUAGGCCCAAGGUGACUUCUGCACAUUGCUGGUUAAGCCAGGCUGAGCUGAUGAUUGGGGUGAUCCCUACAGGCUGCAAAGAAUCAAGUCACUUGGGAAUAAAGUGAAAUGAGUACAAGUAGUUUGCAUGGAAAAAAUUUCAUUAGCAAGAAACAGAGUUAGACAUUCCUGGGAAGAAACACUCCUGACCAGGCUACAGAGCCACCUCCUUUAAUUAAAACCAAGAAGAAACACAGCAASUAGGGAUGUGCAAUAUUCAUACAGCUAAGCACUGGGAGCCAGUGCCCCAAAAGGACUUGAAUUCCAGCAGUGUUAAUGAGAGUGAACUUCAUUUUCAGAAGUUUGAGCUUGGCUCAGCUGGAAGGUUUUCUGUAUGCCAGAUUUUGUUUUUAAUUAGCAAAUGCUUAAUUUCUGUGUUUAUUUGGGUGKGUUUGAACAGCCUGCCAGCAGUGCACCAGUGGUUCCUUCAGAAGUGGGUCAGUGAUGCUGCUUAGCAAUAAAGUCCUGGAUUUUUCAGACUGUAAGGUCAAAUUCUCAACUGUGUUCAACACUGGUUUGCAGUGUUGCYUAUCUAGAACACAGCAGAGCCCUUAUGGCUGAUAUCAAAGCUAACAGCUGUAAUUAAACAAAUUAAACUUGGGAAGGAGUUAAAUGUAAAAAUCUUAAUGCUUAUUUUUAAAACCCAAACUAAAUCACUGAAUAUCCCAAGAACAACCGGGGGCUUUGUAACACACGAUACAAUCCCCAUCUAUCAAAUCAGCAGAGCAUCAGACAAGUGUCUUUAGGUGACUAUAUGGAGUAACUGGCAUCAUUUCAGAGUUGAUUUUCAGAUAUCAGUCACUGUCUGCAAAGAGGGACAUUGAUUGACUGAAGCACCCAAUAUYUCUUCUGGAAAUCCUGGCUGUUUAUCACUUCAGAAAGAAGGCAAAGCAUUGGGAAAGGAAGAAUGUGUGGAAGAGUGUGAAGGGUGGGUUUGACACACAUCCUGUAAACAUGACUAUGUUCAGGAAAGGAUCUUGGUCUACUGAGAAAAACAAAAGUGCUGAAGUGCUAUUUGUACAAAUCACCAAUUCCACCAGCAAAUGGUUCUCUUGUACCUUCCCCUAGGCCUACUGAAUCUCUUCCAAGUUCAACAUAUUUCCAAAUAAACUAAGCUGCUGUGUUAUACUAAGCAUUUGUUU